AUGCAAGAUUUUGAAGGCGAGAAGCGAAAUUUUGAAGGCGAGAUGCAAGAUUUUGAAGGCGAGAUGCGAGAUUUUGAAGGCGAGAUGCGAGAUUUUGAAGAUGAACCUCAUUACAAGAAGUGGAUUUCAUUUUCUUUGCUUUGCAUUUCUGCUGUAAUGAUAGCUCUGGCUGGCAUUCUGAUCUUCAAUUUCUACGAAAUACCAGCAGCAUCACAUGUACAGAGUGGAGAGACUGUGCCCACGCCCAAAGUCCUCAGUGACCUGGAAUAUUGCCAGCAGCAGCUUAAGCAGUUCUACAAGGAUACAACAAGCACCAUCCCUUCACGCCCCUUGCUACCCUCCAGGACCGUGAAAAUUGACGAGUUCUUUGUUAAUUUGGAACUCAGUAGGGAAGUAGCUGGAAAGAUAAUGCCUGGUGACCGUGUGAAACUAUCUGGGGAGCAAAUGGUGUUUGAUAAAGUACCAGCAGUACCGUUAGACACGUGGGAAGAUUUGUUUAAACCAGAAAUUGUAGAAGAGUCCAAAAUCAUUCUCGCAGUCGUGUCAGAAUACGCUCAGCUCUCGUACACCCGACGAGGAGAUAUCAAUCUCGGCGGGCUGAUCCCCGUACACUUUGGUGAUUGCGAGGCCACCCCGACGAUGUGGUCACUCCAGCUUAUUGAAGCCAUGGUGUUCGCCAUUGAGGAAAUCAACAAUCGCAGUGACCUUCUGCCGACCAUCAGUAUUGGCUUUGACAUACGGGACAGUUGUUUUGACGAAGACGUCGGUCUGUUGUCAGCCUUGUCUCUGGUCGACAGAGGUGCCUCGUUAAUCGAUCAGCCAGACGAAUCUUCAUUAUGUAAAAACAAUUCUCAGGAUCUUUCCAAAAAGGUCGUAGGUAUCGUUGGCCCUUUGAAAAGCUCCGUCAGCAUCGUGGUGGGAUCGGUUGCCGACCUGCAAAAGCUGCCCAUGAUUGCCUUCGCGGCCACCAGUGACGAGCUGAGUGACAAAGAAAGGUUCCCGUACUUUCUUCGCACCGUCCCUCCAGAUCGUCUGCAGGCCACGGCAAUGGUGGACAUCAUAACUCACAUGGGAUGGGAGUAUAUCUCCAUCAUUUACCUAGCCGACACUUACGGUAUCCGUGGCGCCCAUGCUUUGGCGAGACUUGCUGGGAGCAGGGGCGUCUGUGUGGCUCAUUUACUGCCGAUCCAACAGGUCCCUUCAAGGUCUGAAUUAGAGGAGAUUUCUGCCUUGUUGUGGGAAUCCUACAAGGCCCGAGUUCUCGUCGUCUUUGCGGGACCCGAACCUGCGACUGAGCUGGUUAAUGCUGUAGAAAAUACAAGUAAUGUGAAUGACCAUUUCAUUUGGCUGGGCAGUGAGAGCUGGGUGCACAGCCUCUCUAGACUUAACAAAAUACCACCCAAAGGCGCUUUGUUUUUAAGCUUACACAACCCAGAGCCGGAUGGAUUCUUCGAGUACAUAUCCAACCUCAACCGAGACACCAUUCAGAAGAAUCCCUGGUUUGAGAGCUUCUUGUCCAAUUGGGAGGUACUUCACAAUUGCACUAUUUGGUUUGAUAGACAGUGUGGCCUGCCACAUCUGGCACAGUACACUGUAACAAGUCCCAUGGCUCCAGUCAUUGAUGCUGUGUAUGCAUUUGCACACGCACUUCACUCCCUCAUCUACUCUUCGAAUUCAAGCACAGUAAAUGGCACGAAGCUCUUGGACGCCCUGAAAGAGGUACGAUUUGAUGGACAGAGGGGGCGCUUUCAGUUCAACUCCGCCGGUGACAUGGAGGGCAAAUACCUUGUACAGAAUGCCCAAUUCGAUAGCGAUGGGUUUAGGCUUGUUAAUGUCGGUCUCUGGGAUGCUUUAUCUAUGUCGGAUGACUAUCUGACAAUAAGUGGUGACAUUGUCUGGAUGAAUGGGUUGACAGAGAUUCCCACAUCAACAUGUAAGGACGUCUGCCUUCCUGGACAAAGGCUCGUCCCACUGGAGGAGAAAUGCUGCUUCGGUUGUUUUCCCUGCGAGCCGUACGCCAUUGUCGUCAACAACGGUACAGAGUGUAAGGAGUGUGAGGAGACCGAGUGGCCAGACAAACUGCGUUUGUCUUGUCUCCAGAUCAUCCCAGCCUUUACAGACUGGACCGACCCACUGCACCUGUCUAUUACGAUCUUGUCCUGCAUGGGUUUGGCUGUCUCAAUGAUGAUAGCGGCCGGGCUGGUGAUAUAUCGCAACCACAGUGUGAUAAAGGCAACCAGCCGGGAGCUCAGCUGCGUCAACGUCCUCGGGUUCAACCUAGCCUUUGUCUCAACAUUUCUCCUAAUAGCUCAACCAACAACCAUCAUAUGCUGUGUGUCCCAGGCUAUGGUUAGUCUCUGUUUUACUCUAGCCUAUGCUCCGACUCUUCUUAAAGUAGGCAGAAUCUACCGCAUCUUUAGAGCAGGCAAGAGGUCUGCUCGACGACCAGGCUUAAUCUCACCAGGAGUGCAGCUCAUCAUGGUUUUCGUGCUCGUCAUGAUACAGGUAUUUUGCGUCAUCUUGUCGGCAGCUCUUGGACCCUGUGAGCCACAGUACUUGAUCCCUAUUCCCAGAGACGGCCAUCUUGAAUUAUACUGCCAACUCGGCACCGGUUUCCUGAUAUCCAGCUCGUACAACCUGGUGCUCAUCCUGGCCUGCUGCGUGUUUGCAUUCCUGGCGCGCAAGGUGCCAGACAACUACAACGAGUCCAAGUUCAUCGGGGUCAGCGUCUACUCGACUCUACUGGCGUGCCUGGCGGCCAUUGCUGUGUACUACACGGCCCGUGAUGUCUCGCAGAAAGUGGCUGCAAUAUGUCUGGCCGUGCUGCUAAAUGCCUUUUUGACGGUGGGCUGUGUGUACAUACCUAAGCUGUACGCCAUACGUUUUAUCAAUCCGCCUUCGUCGACGGUGUUCACCAUAGGCCGUGCGCAUACCUCGACAAUCGAGUCCAUAGACAACCGUGUAGGUCCCAUGUCCGGGAACUGGGCCACUAAAACAUCGAAGAUUCAAGGUGACACACCAGGGAAGUAGUCUCUACAACACCCGUCAUUUACCUAGUUCGUCCAUGUAGACGAUUUCGCGCAGUGGCGGAACGCGUAAUUGUUUUUCCUAGGAGGGU